GGAAGUCCGCGCAGGCAGCCGGCGGUAGCUGAAGGAAUCUGCCUGUGGUGUCGGAGAGUACCGUGAGUCGCUCUGUGCAUCCAGCUGCAGAGAGUCCGAGCAUCCAGCCUUCAUCUCAGCGGGAACAAAGACGCUUUUUGCGGCAGUGAAAGCAGGAAGCGAGCAUGAUGGCAGCCCUGGGCAGCGCCGGCCGUUUGAUCCAAUUUGCCAGGAGCAGUGUGAGUCUGAGUGUGAGGAGGCGCUCCACUGCUGCAGCUGCUGCUUUCGCCCAGACUCCAGAGACUCAGGAAAACAGAAAACCUAAGACGGGCAUCCUGAUGCUGAACAUGGGAGGACCCGAGAAACUAGAAGACGUUCACGACUUCUUGCUGCGCCUCUUCAUGGACACGGACCUGAUGAAGCUCCCAGUACAGAAUAAACUCGGUCCGUUCAUCGCCAAGAGGCGGACGCCGAAAAUCCAGGAGCAGUACAGUAAGAUCGGAGGAGGCUCGCCCAUCAAACACUGGACGUCCAUGCAGGGAGAGGGCAUGGUGAAGCUGCUGGACGAGAUGAGCCCCGAGACGGCUCCUCACAAGUUCUACAUCGGCUUCCGGUACGUCCACCCGCUGACGGAGGAAGCCAUCGAGGAGAUGGAGAAGGACGGUGUGGAGAGAGCCGUGGCCUUCACACAGUAUCCUCAGUACAGCUGCUCCACCACAGGCAGCAGUCUGAACGCCAUCUACCGUUACUACAGCAACAGAGCCGACAGGCCGAAAAUGCGCUGGAGCGUCAUCGACCGCUGGCCCACACACCCCCUGCUGGUGGAGUGUUUCGCAGAACAUAUCAGAAAUGAACUGCUGAAGUUUCCAGAAGAUAAAAGAGAUGAUGUCGUCAUUCUGUUCUCAGCACACUCGCUCCCCAUGGCUGUUGUAAACAGAGGUGACCCGUAUCCUCAGGAAGUGGGAGCCACAGUUCACAGGGUCAUGGAGCGGCUGGGACACUGUAACCCCUACAGACUGGUGUGGCAGUCCAGGGUGGGGCCCAUGGCGUGGCUCGGUCCCCAGACGGACGAGGUGAUCAAAGGUCUGUGUGAGCGAGGGAAGAAGAACCUGCUGCUGGUGCCCAUCGCCUUCACCUCGGACCACAUAGAGACCUUACACGAGCUGGACAUCGAGUACAGACAGGUGCUGGGAGAGGAGUGUGGGGUGGAGAACAUCAGGAGAGCCGAGUCUUUGAAUGGGAACCCUCUCUUUAUGAAGGCCCUGGCAGACCUGGUUCAGUCCCACCUGAAGUCCAACGAGCCGUGUUCCCGUCAGCUGACCCUCCGCUGCCCGCUGUGCACCAACCCCGUCUGCGGAGAGACGAAGGCCUUCUUCACCAACCAGAAGCUCUCAUAGAAACUCGACGUGCACGCACACACUCUGAUGCAGCAGGGCGACCUGUGGAGGAGCACGAGGCCUUCUUCUACAAAGCUUCAUACAAACACACACACACCGCCUCCCCAGCAAGAGUCAGUUAACCGGGAGAAAUCACCAAGAAAUGAUCAAAUGGUUUCUGCAAAUGGAUUCAGUUGUUUUUGGCCUUUCCAUGGGACUGAUAUCUGCCUUUAAAACCUCCUCGUGCCGCCUAAACUCAUGAUUUCAUCUCAGCAGAGAGGUUCAGUCUUCUGCAGAGACCAUUUGGUCAAAGCUUGUGUAGAUUAGAGAACUGACGCAUUACAUGACAGAGCUACACAGGGGGAAAAUUGCACUAUUUAAUUUUGUAAAAACAAAUUUCCCCUUACUCACAUUCCAUUUGCUUCGCCCCUGCUAACUUCCAUCAGAGACCCUGUUUUCUCAGCUCCUUGCUGGUGCUAAAUGACAGUCGGCCACGACGCCGCCGCACACGUGAAGGGUUCUGGGCUGUCUGGCUGUUUCCUUCACCCUCCAGCUCUCCUGCUGCUUCAUGCCAUUGGCUUAGCAGCCUAUAGCCCUGCCCAUCCUGCUGCAACCCCUGAAAUGUGAUUGGAGGAGGUUGGUAAUGGCGAGCUUAAGAGAGAAAAAUGGGUUAAAGGUUUGAAGAAAUUGGCCCCACAGUAAGAUUUCAGUUCAAAAGUUAGGAAACUAGAGUCAGACUGUGACCCUCUCAGUAUUAGAAAAUGAGAUGAUUUACAAGCUAGAAAAAUGUGCUGCUUCUGUUUUUUCUACUGAGCUUUUGAGCCUCAGCCAAAAGUAAAAGAACUGAGGGACGAUCGAACUGUUGCAUGCAAUUAUUUUUGAGACUGGGUCAGUGAAUCGGCCAGAAGGUGAACUAGUGGCCACAAAUUUCCUCAAAUAAAAUGAGGAAUAUAAUGAAGAGACCAAUCGGAAAUGUGCCAUAAAAUAAGGAGGAAGACUUCUACAUAAAGUAGUGAAAUUCUAUCCGUCAGUCCGCUCAUGCACCCCCAGUGACAAAAACCCAACAAAUGCUACUGCUUUAUAGUCGGCAGCAUAUAAAUGCUGAAAGUCAUGAGUUUAAAAACAUUAUUAUUAUUAUUAUUAUUAUUAUUAUUAAGUUCCCAUGGGUGUAACAACUCUGAAACAGACUAAAAUUAUAUUGAUAUACUGUGGGUCCAUCUUCCUGGUUGUGCAUGUGAGGAGCUGAUUAUCAUCCAGUGGUAAAGAACUUAUUUUCCCAGGGUUCUGCUCUUCUUUCCCUCAGAGGAAAAACGGAGGUAUGAAUUGUAGUUUUGGAGGAUUGUUACACCUGAACAUGCUACAGUCAGAUUACAGUUUCUGAGUUCAGAUUUCAGGUAAAGGCCAUUUAGAACUUCUUGAAAAUGAAACUUACCCCCACCUUUCUGUCGGUCCUCAGUGGGUUACUCUCAGCUGCAGUUAUGGUUUCUCUUGUGAACAGUCCCAAACGACAUCCAAUCAAUCACCAAUAGAUCAGCACCAAUCAAAUACCUUAACUCCUAUAAGGCUGCGUCAGUGUCUCCUCCAUCACUCUAAUCUGAGCCAACACAGAAAAUGUCUUUAAUCUUAAACGUAUCCCAUCAUGCUUUGGGUGCGAGAAGAGCUUCAGUUUGGAAGGACUAACAAAGACGAGGGCAGAGAAGUAGCAUAAAAAUGACAUUCGUCAGGUGUUUAACUGCAGUUUACCUUCACUGACUGCUGUUUGCAUAUAAAAAUAAUUGAUUCACAUGCACACACCCCCCCCCCCCCCCCCCCCCCCCUUAUUAAAUCAGAUGCACUAAUACUUACUCUGAAUCAAAGAAUUCCAUAAUUUCAGUGUGGGUUCAUAAAAGCUCCAGACGAAAUCUCGAUGGCUGCUGCUUUGAUCCCAACCUGACAUCCCGUUGUCUCGGGAAUGUCGAGUAUGAGGGAGGUAACCUUUGACCUUUCCCUGUUCCCUCUUUACGGAUUUUGUUCUGUUAUGCAGUGAAAAUGUGCCUUUUGUUUGUUUUUUUGUUUUUUUACACUGGUUGAUAAAUUACUGGACUUGUGCUGUAUGUAAGUUUUGUGCUUAACCAAAAUGCUGACAGGAAACUCCACCCUGAAUUUGCACGUUCCUGCUGUGAUCCGGACCAUUUAAAAAAGCUCGUCUUUAAACUGCUGUAACCGAAGUGCACGUGUUUAUGUGAAGGUCCUGUCUCUUUAAGGGCCUCCCCUUUCUGAAAGCACGCAGUCUUCUGAUUGGCUAGAUUCUGGAAGAGUCCUUUAAUUUCUCUUAACUCAUUACUUGAAACUAUGACUUGUGUAAAUGUUGGAACAUUGUAGCAUUAUGUAAAAAAAAAAAAAAAUAUGGACAAAGUACUAAAACAUUAUUUCCAAACCGAGUACAUGCAGAAUAUUUGAAUAGUUUAAAAAUAACGUGGUCGUCCCGCCUGUGUUUUGUUUCGUCACUGACUGUGCGGAUGGCGAUCGGUUAAACUUCACGAACAAGCUUGAAGUUUGUAGAUGAUGAUGAUGAUGGGAGCUCACGUCAGCCGGUCGUGCUGAUGGCCGUGUUGUUUCCGGUGCUCACAUAAAAUCGGUUAUUUUGGCUCCUCCAUCUUUCUGCUUCCUCUGUGCACACAGACACGUUGAUGCUCUUCCACAGCUUGUUUUUGGAAUAUUUCACCCAUUUCAGUCGAGUCCUUAUUAAUGUCUGCAUCCAUCAGCUGUCUGAAGUGGUUUGUUGCUGUGACACAUGAUGCAGGGCUUUUGAAGCAGCUUUGUGAAGGUUUAAAGGAGCAUUUGGCUCCUUGUGUGCAGCAGUUGAGCUAAAAGACAAAAAAAAUUCAAAUCCCAAAAAUAUCACUUUAAUGCACGUUGACUAAGAAUGGAAAGAUGGCAGCACAAAGGCAUGCUCGUACAGGGUGGGUGGAUCCUAAUUUAUGCUGAAUGAUCCUCCAUGUGUCAGCUUGAACAACUGUUGUGAGGUAUGACUGUUUAGUUUCAUUUUGCAGUUUGAUUUGUGGACACGGCGGCGAUCCACUGUGCUUGUUUGGAUUUAUUUAUUUUGUUUUUGUUCCAGAGCGCACAAACAUCUGUCUCCACUGUAUCAUGUUUUUUAUAGAAGUACAUGUAAGUGAGGAGAUGUGGUAUUAACAGCGCAGUUAGACUACAGCGAGUCUUCCUUCAAAAUAAAAUGGGGAA